AUGACACCAGUUGCCGUGCAGGAGGCGGCCCGAAUCGUUGCCCAUAAUGUGCUCGUGACAUCCCCAGUCGACGUGCAGCAGCUCAUGCAACAGCGAUACGACCAAGGCCGCCCUGGCUACGUACCACUGGAGUUCCGCCACCCCAUUGCGGGUGUUCUCACGGCGGAAGUGCAUGACCUCAUGGUUACCUACACCUCAGAAUUUCCAGACAAUAACAAACCAGGUCACAAUCCUUUUACUCUGACACAGCUUUCCGCACUGAACAGCAACGGAACGCGGACAUAUACACCCAGAGUGCUUCCCCUGGGUGCAGAAUACUGGAAUGAAAGAUGUGCUGGGGCGGCACUUCCCAGAGCUUAA